UGUACUAUACAAAAAUGUAUAGAUUUUAAGAAGUCGUUUUGGUGUAUUACACGUGUUAUGGCGUACAAGAUAUGACAAAUAUAUAGUAGAAUUAAGGUGUGUACAACAACAUAUAUAGAUAAAGAAUAACAAAAUGUAUGAACAAGAUGAAAUGAUACGUAAUGACAGAUAUUUUGAUACAGAAAAUAACCUUCAAUAGUGUCAGUCCUAUUUCAAAAUGCGUCAGCACAAAGAAGUAGAACCAAGAAAACAAGAACCACAAGGACCUAAAGGACCACCAGGAAUGAAAGGAAGACAAGGACCACCAGGACCUAGAGGACAAAGAGGACCUAAAGGAAUGCAGGGAAAUAAAGGACCAUCAGGACCUAGAGGACCCAAAGGACCUAAUGGAAUGCAUGGAGCGAAAGGACCACCAGGACCUAGAGGACCCAAAGGACCCAAAGGAAUGCAUGGAAAUAAAGGACAACCAGGACCUAGAGGACCCAAAGGACUUAAAGGAAUGCAUGGAAGACAAGGACCACCAGGACCUAGAGGACCUAGAGGACCACUAGGAUAUAAAGGAAUGAAUGGAGAUAAAGGAUCACCAGGACUUAGAGGACCCAAAGGACCUAAAGGAAUGCAUGGAGCUAAAGGACAACCAGGACCUAGAGGACCGAAAGGACAUAAAGGACCUAAAGGAAUGAAUGGAGCUAAAGGACGACCAGGACCUAGAGGACCGAAAGGACAUAAAGGACCUAAAGGAAUGAAUGGAGAUAAAGGACGACCAGGACCUAGAGGACCGAAAGGACAUAAAGGACCUAAAGGAAUGAAUGGAGCUAAAGGACAACCAGGUCCUAGAGGACCCAAAGGACAUAAAGGACCUAAAGGAAUGAAUGGAGCUAAGGGACGACCAGGACCUAGAGGACCCAAAGGACCUAAAGGACCUAAAGGAAUGCAUGGUAUGUAUCAAUAUUCGUGUGUGUCAAACCCAAUCCGUUAAAAAUGCAUCGCAUGUGCUUGCUUAAACCAGGAAAU